GGCGCUGGGGGCGGCUUUGUGCGAGCGCCGCGGCCCUGGAGGCUCCGCCGUCCCGGAGGCUCCGCCGUCCCGGAGGUUCGGUUGCCGCUGCCCGUCCUGGCGAGGAGCAGCGGCCCCGGUGUCCUGGCGGAACCUGCACUUGAAUCGAGAGCCAUGUGGUCAGCUGAUGAAAUCGCUGGGUUAUGUUACCUGCAUUAUAGGACCAGACUUCCUAAGCAGGGGAAACCAGAUCCAAACAGGGAAUGGACUUCCCUGGCAGCUGUUGUCAAAGUGGAAUCUGGAGCCCAGAGAGAGGCUCUUGAUAGUCCAGGAAACUUGCAGGUAACUAAGGAAGUUGUUGCUAUGGGAACUGGAACAAAAUGUAUUGGCCAAAACAAAAUGCGAGAAACUGGAGACAUUCUGAAUGACAGCCAUGCUGAAGUUGUGGCCAAGAGGAGCUUCCAGAGGUAUCUUCUCCAUCAGUUGUGGCUUGCAGCUUCCCAUCAGCAAUGUAUCUUUAGUCCAGGAACUGAAACUGGGAAAUGGAAGCUCAAACCAAAUAUCAUAUUUAUUUUCUUCUCUAGUCAUACCCCAUGUGGAGAUGCUUCUAUUUUUCCAAUCAGUGAACCAGAGAACCAGCUUUCUAAGCCAGUUAGUGGAGGUCAUGAAGCUGGACAAUCAACUGAAUGUAGAAGUAGCCAUAAUCACUUGUGUUCAGAAGAUAAAAGGAAAUCAGAGAAGAUGGCAAGUAAUCAUAUAAUCAAGAGAAUGAAAACUGAUGAUGGUGGUUGUUUUUCCAUAAUCACUGAAGACCUGGCUGUUCAGCAUGAAUCUGUGAAACGAGAAGACAACACAAAUCAAAAGAGCUGUGAAUGUUCUGCAGAGAUGCAAACAGCUGAUAAGGAUACUGACUUAGUGAGACCACAGGUAGUAGAUGUUCAUAGAACUGGAGCAAAAUGUGUGCCUGGAGAACUGGAUGAUGCCCGAAUACCUGGGCUGGGGUACCACUGUGUGGGAUUAUUACGAGUGAAACCAGGUCGAGGAGACAGAACAUGCUCUAUGUCUUGCAGUGAUAAACUGGCUCGCUGGAAUGUGCUAGGGUGUCAAGGAGCUCUUCUGAUGCAUUUUCUGCAGUAUCCAGUGUAUCUGUCAGCAGUUAUAGUGGGGAAGUGUCCAUAUAGUCAAGAAGCUAUGCGGAGAGCAGUUAUUGAAAGGUGUCAGCACAUCUCAUCUUUACCAGAUGGUUUUCUCACACAGGAGGUUAAGCUACUGCAAUCUGAACUUCAAUUUGAACAUAGCCGUCAGGCAGUUCAGGGAGUUCAAUCUAACAGCAAAACAAAACUUGUUCCUUGUAGUGCAGCUAUCAGUUGGAGUGCAGUCCCUGAACAACCUCUGGAUGUCACCUCAGACGGCUUCCGCCAGGGAACAACAAAGAAGAGGAUUGGGAGCCAUCAGAGCAGAUCCAAAAUCUGUAAAGUGGAACUCUUCCAUAAAUUCCAAAAGCUGGUGGCAAGUAUUUCACAAGAGGAUCUACCAGACACUCUACGGGUGAAGACUCUAAAAACCUACUGGGACUACAAGGAAGCUGCAUUAAAUUAUCAAGAAGCCUGGAGAGUGCUGCGUAGCCAAGCUCUGCUGGGUUGGGUCAAGAAUGCUAAGGAAUACCUGCACUUCACAUGACAAUCCAUGGGAUUAUGUGAAUCCCAGAAUGAGCUCUGGUCCACAGCAGAUACUUCUGCAGCAUUAGGGCCAGAAAAAGGUGCCCUCUAAUUUAUGUGCUGUAAAGAGACAGGACUGAAAAAGAAAGCAAUUUAGAGAAUAUUUUUACUGAGUUGAAGCCCCCUUUUUAUUGAAAUAUAGAAAAGGAUCAUUGCUGGUUUAAAAAUCUGAGCUGCAUGAAACAACAUGCCUCCAAAAGAAAAGAAGCAGUGAUGCGCUAUCCUAGUGUCUGAGGAUAUGAUCUACCAGCCAUAGUAAUUGCAGUGAAAGUAAUAUCAACUGAAAUUGAAGCAAUACUAUGGAAAAUUUUAGUGCUACUUUUUUCUUCCACUUCUCAUAAUUUUGUGGUUGUUUUUCUGUUGCUGGGACAACCCUCCUGUACAGUAAGUAAUACUUUCGUAACUCUGAGCUCUUCUUGUCUGUUGCCUGGAAGAAUUUUCUCUGUCCCUCAGCCCCUUUGCUUCUAACUGGAAAAACUGGUUCUGUAAAGUGUCUUUUUUUUUUUUUUCCAGCCACAUAUAUCACCACAGCAGAAGCAAAAGCACUGUAGGGAGUGUGUGUCUAAUAAUACCACUUAUGAUAUCUUGUGCAUCUCAAUUUCUGGACUUUGCCAGAUAACCUUUCAACUGCUUUGCUUCUGUAGGCAGGAAAGAAAACUCCUAAGUGAUUUGGUUCAAAUUGGCCAAUCGUGUGUAAUUACAGGGGAACAUUUACCUAUUUUUCAGUGUUUCGAGCACUGUGUCCAUCUCCACACUCUCCUGUGGGAAAUGGUCAGUUAAAAGCAGAAAUGCCUCAGUCAUUUAUGUCAGUAUUACUUGUGUUCAUUAAUAGCCUGGCAAAAGUGGAGAUGCUUUGGGGAGUAUUGAAAGUAAUGUCUGGGAUGUCUCUUCUAGUCUUUUGUCAUUAUGCUUUAUUACCAGCUAACAUCUGCAUGGCAAGACAGUCAACAUUGUGAGUAGUUGUGGGGGAAGCAGUGUGUAAUCCUCCUUAAACCUUCUGUCCCAGUUACUGCCUUUUGUGAGCAAUUUCAGGACUCUAUAACUGCCACUGAGCACAUUCCCCUUUUGUAUUUUUCUGUUGUAAACCACAAUUCAUAAAAUAUUUGGACAAAGCAAUGGCAGGAUGAAAGAAGUGGAUAAUUUAGAACAUGAAAAUUCUUUAGUGAUUUUAAUUUCUUUUGUUCUUUGGUAUCCUAUAGUUUUGGAUCUGAAAAAUGGGCACAGCAGUUCUCCAAACAGCCUUUGCUGUCAACCUACUGAGCUACAUACAGGACCAAACAGUACACAUAACAUUACAAUCUGAGAAUUGAUAGCAGCAAAUCCUUUUUACUGUACACUUAGGUUGACUUGUCAAGUAAGAGUAGUUUUCUUGUUGAAGAAAUAACUUGAAUUGUGUGUGUGUAUGCCCAUUUGCUCAAAUCCAGCACUAACAUGCAGUACAACACCAGUUGUACUGGUGAGGGGGAAGUAAGUUUAUGCGUUUUUAGAGGGCAAGGGAUUAUAGAGAUUAGGGACUUGCUGUAGUCAUCAGAGGAAAAAAAAAGACCAGAUGCCAUUGCACAUGGGCUACAGGGUAAACUGCUGAAGAUAUAUGGUAACUGAUCCUGUAAUUGAGCGAGUAGCAGUCCAAGGGCAGAGUUCUAUAGUGUACCUAAAGAGCUAUCAGUAGAUUUCCAAGUUCCUGAAAUUUACCUUUGUUCUUCACUGAAAUCUUGCAGAAACUAUUAACUUACCAUACCUAGUUUCCCAUAGUUAAUCAACAAUGUCUGCAGUGAACCUGCUGGCCAGACUGGGAUAUUCCAAUUUCCUAUCCAGCUGCAAUAUUAAAAUGGAUUACGUAAUACUAGUUCUGUAGUCUUGCGUCAGUUUUCAGAUAAGCAGUUAUAUGGUUUUAGUUUUUUUAACUCUUUUCUAAAAUUUGAGCCUGGCUGUUAGGAUUGUUUCUUGUAAGAUUUUUUGUGCAUUUCUAAAAUACUUGUGAACACUAGACUGCUGCUUUUCUGUUACUUGUCAGGUUUAAAAGUAGUUUUUAAGGUGCUGAACACUGAUGCUAACCUCACUUCUUGGAUGGAGUUGAGGACAUAUUUAAGCCUAGAGCAAUAUGCGAAGAGAGGGAAGGAGCUGAAACAGAACAGCAUUUAAAAGGCUGAGAGGCUAAUCCUAUGGGAUCUCAUCCUCAACUGAUGGCAUUUCUGUGAUGGAAAAUCAGUAUCUAAAGGCAGCAUCUGUUUAAUUCCAAAAUGUCAGGAAAUGCUGUUGGCAGUACCAUGAAACUGCUCUAAAAAUCAGACGGGAAAAAUGCAGAAAUAGGGAAGAACAGUGUCUGCUUUUGUAAAAGGUAGCAAACUAAAUUUGGAUCAUUGUCAGCAGGUCUUGGGAAGAAUUGCUCCUGGAAAGUAACAGUUGACAAGCCUGUAUCACUCCUUUGCGCUGAGAUAGCUGACACCCCAAAAUACAAAGAUAGGCAAGGCAUGGCGAGGACAGUACAAUGCAGAGACUGCCACAGGAGAGCAGAGUUAGCAGGGAGGGAAGUAGAAAGAAUGAAGUGCCCACAGUGCCUGUUUAAUGAGGACAAGCAAACAAUUGGCAGUGGGAGCAGCAGAGCAUAGGAGGGCACCAAGAUUCCCACUGUAUGUAUAAAAUGAGCACAUCUGUAUUACUCAGAUAGGUCCUCUUAAUAUCAGAGUGUAAUAUCCAGCACUGUGCAAUUAGGUCAGUUAGCUGUUUUUUCCACCCUCUCCCACACAAUCCAAGGGUUUGCCUCUUUGUCUGUAAAAGGAAGUAGCUCUGAGACACGGUAGCUCUGAAGCUAUUGGUUUUGAAAUUUAUAAAGAACUCGUUUCUUCCUGGUAUCAUCAGCCACAUACUAAAGUUUGAGAAGCUGUACAAUGUCUAGUAAGCAACAGAAGCAGCUGUGUAGCAUCUAGUAAAUGUGGUGAGUAACUUUCUGGUGAAAAUGGAGGUAAAGAAAUGACAGCACUGCCUGUUUGUGACAGGAAUUUUUAUUGUACUUAUUUGUUAAUUGAGAAAGCGGAACGUACUAGCUCAAUUCAACACGAUCAGCAUCUUGCUCCUGGCUUUGGAUAAGCUAGCAAAUCCAGUGUUCCCAAUACUAACUUACUGUUUUUAUUUUUCUUAAACUGACAUCUCAAAACAGAAUAAAUGUGUCUUCUUCUCUUCCUGU